CUUCUUUCUUCACUCGUGGACUGGACCUUUCUGACUCACGCGCGGCCCAGCAGGAAGGAGGAGGAGGAUGAACGGCGGCGGCGGCAAGAAGAAGUUCGGCGGCGGGCGGGUGCCGACGGGGACCCCCUCGCUGGCGUGGUCGUCGGUGGUGGUGGUCGCCUCCCUCCUCGCCGGCGCCUCCAUCGUCCACAACAUCUACAAGCCCGACAUGACCCUCCCGCCGGUGGAGGUCGCCGACGGCAACGGAGCCGGAGCCACAGCCGGCGGCAAGCGCAAGGAGAGCUGAGCUAAAUCUGACGGCUGGCGGGCGCCGGUGCUCUGCUCGAUGCCCAAGAGGAUGGAUUUAUCCAGUGUCAUUAUUCCUUUCUUUCUUUUUAUUUCUCAAGGCAGCAUGCAGGCGUGGUGCCAUUCUACGUUCUAGCUCGGUCCAAACAUAUGUGGAGAUCUUCGUCCGUUUUGCUGCGUCUUCAAACCUGGACAAAGACAACAGCUCGACCUGUAUCUCCAGUACUACUCUGCCUAAACUGUAGAACUUUGCGUGGUGAUUGAUGGGUUCGAUGGUGCUUGUUAAUUUGAUUAUAUUGCUGGGUCGAUCGAUUAGUCCAAGAUGUCUAGCGACGGGUUAAUUUGAUCAAAGCAAAGCCGGCUGGCUCUUGGUUUACUGUUUCGAAGAAGGAA